ACGUAAAUGAAGCUCAGUCAAUCCGCGCGCUCCUCCAGCGGAGCCAAACUGCGCGCGCCGGCGUCUCUAUAUUAAUCCGUUAAAGCGCCGCUGUCCGUUCAGCACCACUGUGUGAAGAGAGUUCACGCAUUUAACGGCAGAAUCCUCUGGAAAUCGCUCUUCAUUUGGACAGAGAGGAUCAGUUGUUUUUGGCUUUUUUGAGUGGUAUUUUGUUAAAGUGACAGUUACGCGUCUGUAAAGAAGGACUCCAACAGUUUGUUUAACAUACUCACUGACUGUGUGAAGAGAGCAGAAGCGCGCGCACUCGCUUUUUUUAUUGGAAAAGCUUUGGGUUUUCAGGCAAGUUACAGAAAAUAUCUGUUGUUUCGUUUUAGAUUUGUUUUUGAGUGAUUUUUGUGAGCGUGUCGUGGAACUCUAAGUUUUUAUUUUAUUUAAAGAACACUCGAAUCUAUUUUCAAAGAUCUGGUUCUAUUUUGGAAUUCGCGUUCUGUUGACACUCAACGUCAUUUUUAGUCCAAACUAAAUUGACUAUUGUUUCUUUUGCGUUUUGAAGAGAGAAACGGCCGUAAUGAGAGUUAUCUUCGUGGCACUGCUGCUUGUAUACGCGUCAGGGAGCGGGGAAGCGGCUGGCGCGAAAGGAAGCCGCUUCGUGUGCACUGCAGUGCCCGCGGGCGCCGACCUCAGUUGCCCGGUUGAAACGACCAACCGGGUCCAAAGCACCAGUCCGCAGGAGGAAGAGUUACGGAAUACUAUCAUCCAACUUCGGGAGACCAUCCUGCAGCAGAAGGAAACUAUCGUCAGUCAGCAGGGCACCAUCAAAGAGCUCAACUCCAAACUCGCGCGCUGCGAGGCUGAAGCCAAGUCGCGAGGCAGCGCGCGCAGGAAGGAUUAUAGUAAAAACACGAUGGGCGAUCUGCCGCGUGACCCCACCGAGACCGUGGAGCAGCUGGGAAAGACCAUGCAGAGCCUGAAAGACCGACUGGGCAACCUGGAGCAGCUGCGUACCAACACAUCAGGUGGACCAUUUCCCAGCGAGCUGCGAGACCUGCUAAAGCGGCGUCUGAGUGACCUGGAGAGCCAGCUGCUGGCCAGAGUGGCCGAACUCGAGGACGAGAAGAGCCAGCUGUACAACGAGACGACCGCACACCGCCAGCGCACCGAGAACACCCUCAACUCACUGCUGGAGAGGAUCACCGAGUUGGAGAAAAGUAACAAUGCAUUCAAAUCUCCCGAGGACUUUAAGGUGUCUUUGCCUCUGCGCACCAACUACCUGUACGGCCGCAUAAAGAAGAGUCUGCCAGAGAUGUAUGCCUUCACUGUGUGCAUGUGGCUCAAGUCCAGCGCCAGCCCUGGAAUCGGAACCCCGUUCUCGUAUGGUGUCCCGGGACAAGCCAAUGAGAUUGUGCUGAUAGAGUGGGGAAACAGCCCCAUGGAGCUCCUCGUCAAUGAUAAGGUUGCUCAGCUCCCCCUCUCCGUGAGUGACGGCCGCUGGCAUCACAUCUGCAUCACCUGGACAACCAGAGAUGGCUUCUGGGAGGCCUAUCAGGAUGGAGAGAGACUAGGGACCGGAGAGAACUUGGCCCCCUGGCACCCAAUUAAACCUGGAGGAGUCAUUAUCCUGGGCCAAGAACAGGACAUCGUAGGUGGGAGAUUUGAUGCCACUCAAGCUUUUGUAGGAGAGUUAAGCCACUUCAACAUGUGGGACAGAGUACUGCGUCCUAUAGACAUCUCAGCGAUGGCCAACUGCUCAGCCUACAUGCCUGGCAACGUGGUGCCGUGGGUCGAUGCCAACGUGGAGGUAUUUGGCGGUGCCACAAAAGCAGCAUUGGAGAUUUGUGAAGACCGUCUCUUUGAUUCCUAAGGACACGUCUGUCGGUUUGAAAGCGUUCUCGUUAUAGAGGUAACACACAUCCCGAUAUUGCUCUGCGAACUUACAGAGAGAUAAAGACAGAAGCACAUGUUUACAUAUUUUCACAUAAUGGAUUAUUUCGUCCUCUGUUCUGCUUUAUGUUUGUUGAGACUUUGCUGUCAGCCUGACCAAUGACUAAAAUGACUGACUGAAAAAUAAAAAAAGGGAAAAAAAUUCAGUGCAUAUUCAAGGUCAGAAUAGAGUAUUUGCGAAUCUAGCUGAAGCAAACAUUUCUUGUUGAUAUAUUAAGGCUUUUUCUCUGUGUUGCGUCCUUCGAAAAAACGUUUUCUCUCCACAAAGUCAAGGGUAUUUUAAAAUAUACAGUGAAAUGUGGAUUUGUUGGCAUUAUUGUUUUGAGCUUUUGUCAUGUUAUGUAGGCUAUAUGCUAAUGCCCUUCAAACCACUGGGGGAAAAAAAUUAAACUGCAUAGUUUCAUCAUGAUCUUUAUGAAACAUAAAUGAAGGAGCUAGUCUGUGACUUUGCCCAUACGGAGAGGCACUCAGACGGAAUCUGUAAUCCAAAGAUUAGUUAAAAUCUUCUGACGUUUUGAGCAGAUCUGCCAUCCAGAAACCUUAAAGUAGCAAAUCUGCCAAAGUCUGACCCGCAGCUCUUUGAUUUGACUGCGGGACGGGCUUCACCUUAUGAAGCUCGUUUGAUUCUGAAUUACAAAUUUAACAUGUGGUGUCUUUGAAAUAUUUGUGAAGGGUUUUGACAUUCGGAACAUAGCGUUAUAUGAGAACUGUACAGGGAAUGUGUUAUACUUUUUUAAUAAUGUUUUAUUGUGUCGGGGUUUUGUAAAUUACCUGUUUAGACCCGCACACAAAGCACUGGAAGGGGGGGCUAUUUUCUGUGGAGAUGAAACAGAAAUACUGAUGGGCACUAAUGAGGUUGACAGCACUUGACUUGAAUGAAUAUCGGGAAGUUUGAUUGAUCUGACAAUCUGAUGCUACAAAUGAGUGAAUUUCAAAAAAAACCUGUCAAGGCCAUCUUUCCUUACCAAAUGAAAAGAACAAAAAAAGAGAAAUUCUAUUUUGCAUUAGAAAGUUAUAUCUCUUUCAUUUUUAUUUGAUUAAGCACAUUUGUUUGCACUAUAAAAUUAUUUUCAUGUCAAUAAAGCAUAAGUGCUUUGUCUGAAUUAUGUCAGAAAUAGAACAGAAUAUCGGUUUGAUGUUGGGAAUUUGUCUUGAUUCAUCGUGCCGCAUCCAGUGUAGACAGCAUCGCCGAUUGUAAUUGUAAUUGUUCUGUUUGCUUUUGUCGCGUCGGACUGCUCGUGUCCUGUUAAGACACAGUGUAAAUUUUUAUUUAUGAACCAAAAAACUUUGGAAUAAACAGGAUAAAGAGCAGAAACAAAGGACCACACAAUGUGUACAUGUGUAAACUAAACUGUGGGUAUAAAUAAACUGGGCAAACAAAGAAACUAAACUAAAAGAGAUGAGAGCAAUACGAAAUAUGACACAUGCUGUGUUCACGCCAUGUCAGAAGUACCGUAAUUUUGAGAUGAUGACACGUUCACGUCCUUGGACUGGGGCUGCCUCCCAAAUCGCAUACUCUCUUAAAGUACUUAUUUUCAAUUAUUGAUUAGUUCAUGGCUGCUAAAAAAAAAGUAUGUCAUAUGUAGUAUGAAUGUAAUCUAGUUAUGAAUGUAUUUAUACCUGCGUAGCUUCACUGACAUUCAUAAAUCCUUUCCCGUGGUUCUUUGAAUGCGUACUUCGAAGUCAUGUGGGUUCUGGGUACUUUACUCAUUUAGGAAAUCAAAGAUGAGUUUUAAGGAAUAAAAUUUUACUUUUUUUUUUUUUUUUUUUUUUUUUUUACAAUUUUUAGCAGUACACAAAGUACUGAGUGGGAAGUGUUGCUGCUGCUACAUGACAGCACUUGAAACGUCUGUGUAUUUGAGAAAUAUUUAAUCUAAUCCGCUUCAAAACCACACGAGCGUCACUACAGCAAGCAGAAAGACCUCCGACCUCACGUCUCGCUUUUUACAAGUUGGAAUCUCAUAAUGGCGUGAACAUGGCGUUGAACGCACCAAUAAUCAGUAACCAAGGAAACUGAAACUAAACAGAGCGAAGAAACAGGAACUAAUUAAAACCGAACAGAUUGUCAAAAUAAAAGUCCCCAUAACAGAACAUAACCAUGGCUAUAUAUAUAUAUAUAUAUAUAUAUAUAUAUAUACUGUGAAGUGUUUGUAAAUUGUUUAUGUAGCACUGGUAGUAUUUGUUACAUUUAUUUGUUUGAUUUUUGAAUUUUGGUUUUUACUUUUUUGAGUAAAAAAGUCAUUUUUCAAUUAUUUUCUUGAAAUAAAAACAGUAUUAAAAUAAUUCCAACAAAGAGAAUCACCCUUGAGAAUGAGAAUUAAAAAAAAAAUAAUCAAAAGUAAACAUCUGAAAAUGGGAAAUGUGCUUAAUAUUAUAAAAAUAGAAAGAAAAAAGGGGUCCUGAAAACAGGCUGCUUUGACCGGGAGAUGUUUUCGUGUGAUUUUUUACUGAUUUUCUUUGUGCUUGAUCUAAAAAUGACGACUUCUUCAAAUUGUACAUUUGUGUUGAAGUAGAGCAGUGCAAUAUAUGGGACACUUUAUGUAAAUGUGGUCCUCUGCAUCUUUUCUGUGUUUUUACAUCUAAAUGCACCGCUGGGCCUGUCGGUCUCACUUCGUCUCGCCUUGUUACAUGGAUGUUUUCAUUUCAUCUUCCAACUUGUUGUGCACAAAGGCCAGAUCAAAGUCUGUGAAAUUCACUGUGGUGCGGUGUUCUCACACAAUAGACACUAAUAAUGCAUUAGUGUGUUUCCCUUGUCGACACGUGUUUGUAUUUGGGCUACAAGAGCUCUACUGCUCUAUCGAAAUGCACUGGAAUUAUAUAAAACACUUUUGAAUACUCGGUUUCUUUCAUUUGAAUGUAAUCUACUGCUACUUUGUGUCAUAAAUGUACCUAGAGAAACAAAAAUCUCUUAUGUAAAUGCAGUUGUAUCUGGUAUGCUGCCUUCAGGUCCUGAUAAAAUCAUUAUAUGCAGGUGAUGACAUAAUGAUGUCGUAAUGGGAACCUCCUAAUUUUCAGUGAAAAUUAAAGAAUCAUGGUGGAAGCUAAUUGAUGUUGGCCAUGAUAAAUCAUUGUAAAUGUUGACGGCACUGCGUGUGUAUAAUUUUGAUGUGAAGAAUAGCGGUGAAGUUUGGGUAAUGUAUUCCCAUAUGAUGCAAAAUUCCCAUCAUUCUCUGUGGCACAGGAGUUAGACACAUCAUGUGCCUUCAUUAGCUUCCUGUGUUUAUCAGGAAUCAAAAAAGAGAAAGAAACUUCAAAUAGUCCAAUGUGUCCAUGUUAUUCUGACCGAUUUCCAAACGCACACACAUUGAAACUUCCCGGGAGGACUUGAAGGCAGCAUUAGGGCAAAGCAGUGACUUGUUUAUGAACUGAUCUAAUUUUGUUUCAGAAUGUAACAUGAUAUUUUUGUCCAAAAAUGAAUGGCCUUUUCUGAGCACCAAUUGUGCUUUCUGGGUUUUUCAAGGGUUCAACACCUACUGUAAUGUAAGAGGUGAUUUAAUGUUGAAUCUCUCUUUUCUUACAUACAGAGCAACCUGGGUAUGUUGUUCAGCAUAGAGGAACAUUUGAAUGUCCUUCUUCACCCAAUAAAUGCAACUGAAAACCACA